AUGGUCAAGAUCCAGUUCAAAACGCUGCAGCAGAAGCAGUUCUUCAUCGAGGCCGAGCCUACCGAGACGGUGGCAGACCUCAAGAAGAAGAUCGAGGCCGACCAGGGCUUCCCCGUCGACAACCAGAAGAUCAUCUUCUCUGGCAAGGUCCUCCCGGACGACAAGACGGUCGCCGAUGCCAACUUCAAGCCCAAGGACUUCUGCGUCGUCAUGGUCACCAAGCCCAAGGCCGCCCCGGCUGCCGCCGCCGCACCUGCCGCUUCCGCCCCUGCACCCGCCACCUCUGCUCCUGCGCCCACACCCGCCGCCGUCCCGCAAACCCCUGCCCAGCCGACCGCGACGCCGGUCGCGCCCAACGCGCCCGGCCCUGCGCCUGCCGCCGCCGCACCCGCCGCGACCGAGGCCGAGACGCCUGCGCCCGCCAACGUGCCGUCCGGCGACUCGUCGACGUCGUUCAUCGCCGGCUCGGCCCUCGAGACGAGCGUCAACGAGAUGGUCGCCAUGGGCUUCCCGAGGGAGCAGGUCCAGCGGGCGAUGCGCGCGAGCUUCAACAAUCCGCACCGUGCCGUCGAGUACCUCAUGACUGGCAUCCCCGAGACGGCGCCCGAGCCCGCACCGGCACCCGCGGCCGCCAACCCGCCGGGUACCCCGUCCCCCGCCGCCGGCAACGCCGCUCCUCUCGCCGCUACUCCUGCUCCUGCUGCCGCCGCCGCCACGACCAACGCGCCGCGCAACCUGUUCGAGGCCGCCGCCGCUGCGCGCUCGGCACCUCAGCAGCCCGCAGCUGCUGCCGCCGGCGCCGGCGCCGGUGCGGGCGCCAACUCGGGCGAGCUUGGCCAGCUGCGCAACGCGCCCAUCAUGGGCCAGCUCCGCGCGCUUGUGCAGCAGAACCCGGCGCUCCUGCAGCCGUUCCUGCAGCAGCUCGGCGCGAGCAACCCGGAGCUCUUGACGCUCAUCGAGCGCAACCAGCAGGAGUUUGUCGAGUUCCUGCAGGAGGGCGUCGAGGAGGGCGAGGGCGUCGACGCGCUCAUGGACCAGUUCGGCGACGACGAGGGCGGUGCCGGCGGCGCGGGCGGCGAGCAGUACAUCCAGGUGACCGAGGAGGAGCGCGCCGCCAUCGAGCGCCUCGUCGGCAUGGGUUUCGACCGCCAGCUCGUCAUCCAGGCCUUUAUCGCGUGCGACAAGAACGAGGAGCUCGCGGCGAAUUACCUCCUCGAGCACGGCUUCGACUUUGACGACUGA